UUCUGUUCCUUCUCACACCCUAUUAAAUUAAAUAUAAAAAUAAUUUUUUUUAAUAAAUUAAUUAUAAGCUUCUUUCUCCAAUCUCCACGGCCUUUUCCCACCGAAUCUCGAAUACCCAUCUCGGCCAAAAGCUUCUUGGAAGAUUUCUGCUUUUGGGUCUUUGAACAGCUCUGGAAUUUAAGGGAUUAUGGCCGGUUUCGAUUUGAUCUUCUCAAGAAAUUGAAGAAUAUCUUACUUGAGAAUCUAAAGCUUUCUAAAAUCACACUUUGACCGGGGAAAACCGGGUGAAAUCCUCAGAUUUGAGGCUCCGUCGAGUCUCAGUCAGCUUUAAGUCCUUUAGAGAAUGAAUUUUGAUGAUUUCAGAUCGAUUUUGAGAAAUUCUGGCGUAGAUGUGUGGACGUUCAUUGAUACGGCGAUUUCUGUUGCUUCUUUGGAUUACAAAAAUGAAUUGAAGGACAGGCGAGACGGAAUCAUUGAGCGGCUUUACGUGCCAUUUGUUUCAGGGUGUCAGAACUGCAAUCUUGAUUCAACAAGACAAAACUGUCACGAAACUAAAAAGAAGGUACAUCAAACAAGGACAGAGGCUUCCAUUAUAAAAGAGAGUUCUAGCAUUGAAGGAAAGAGAGGUUCUCCAUCAACUCCACAAUCCAAUAGAGAUGAAGAUCAUGAUCGGAGCUAUGGACAUCCAUUUGAUGAUGAACAAACUAAGAUUCUGGCUAUCAAGGAACAUCUUGAAGACCCUGAUCAGUCUGAAGACUCUCUAGUUAAUCUGCUACAAGAUCUUGCAGACAUGGAUCUAACAUUUAAGACUCUCAAGGAAACUGACAUUGGAAGGCAUGUAAACCGUUUGCGAAAGCAUUCAUCUAAUGAAGUAAGGAGAUUAGUAAAGCAGCUUGUCAGGAAGUGGAAGGAAUUAGUUGAUGAAUGGGUAAAAUCAAAUACACCAGGAGAAACUGCAGCAUCUACACUAAUUGCUGAUGGAGACUCCCCUCAACAGAACCCCUCAAAAGGUGCCCAAAACAGUCAUCACCAGGUUCCUGAUGUUGCAUAUUCUCCAAAUCCACAUAAUGGGAGCUCCAGUUCAGAUAAGAACAAUUCAGAAUCAGAACGGAAGGAGAAAAUAAUUCCUCGAAGAGAACCUCAAAUGAGGCCAACUCAAUCUGUCCCUGCAUCCACUUCUGUUCCUCCAAAUAAACAAAGGGAACAGAAGGAUAGCUCCAUCGAUCCUGAAAGGCUUGCUUCAGCUAGAAGACGACUUCAUGAAAACUACCAAGAGGCUCAAAAUGCAAAAAAGCAAAGAACAAUUCAAGUGAUGGACAUUCAUGACAUUCCAAAACCGAAGAACUCCUUCUUUGCAAAGAACAAAGGCGGUUUUCAAGCGAGGCACUGGUGAAUAGACACUAUAUAAAACAUAUAAUGCUUUUGGGUGACCAGAAACUAGUUUACCCUGUAACUAUUUUUUUCUUAAAUUUUCUUUGAUCUUUCUCAUCUCUCAUGCUAUCCCUGGUUUUGAUAUCGGAUUCUUCCUUCAAAUUUGUUAAAAAUAAAUUUCAUUUAGAAAAUUGCCAAUUUUGAGGAUCA